AUGAAGAAGGAAGAGGAAGGGGAAGAUGGAAGAAGAAAGAAAAGUGAAGAAGAGGAAAGAAGAAGAAGGAAGAGGAGGAGGAAGAAGAAGGGGAAGAAGAAGAGGAAGAAGGGGAAGAACAGGAAGAAGGGGAAGAACAGGAAGAACAGGAAAAAGGGGAAGAAGAGGAAGAAGAUGAAGAAGGGGAAGAAGGGGGAGAAGGGGAAGAAGAGGAAGAAGGGAAGAAGAGGAAGAAGGGGAAGAAGAAGAAGAGGAAGAAGGGGAAGAACAGGAAGAAGAGGAAGAAGGGGAAGAAGAGGAAGAAGGGGAAGAAGAGGAAGAAGGGAAGAAGAGGAAGAAGGGGAAGAAGGAGAAGAAGAGGAAGAAGGGGAAGAACAGGAAGAAGUGGAAGAACAGGAAGAAGAGGAAGAAGGGGAAGAAGGGGGAGAAGAGGAAGAAGAGGAAGAAGGAGAAGAAGAGGAAGAACAGGAAGAAGAGGAAGAAGGGGAAGAAGAGGAAGAAGGGGAAGAAGAGGAAGAAGGGAAGAAGAGGAAGAAGGAGAAGAAGAGGAAGAAGGGGAAGAACAGGAAGAAGUGGAAGAACAGGAAGAAGAGGAAGAAGGGGAAGAAGGGGGAGAAGAGGAAGAAGAGGAAGAAGGAAAAGAAGAGGAAGAAGGGGAAGAACAGUGCUAAAUGUGUUGGGAAGAAGAAGGAAGAAGAAAGAAAGAAAAGGGAUGAAGAGGAAAGAAGAAGGAAGAGGAGCAGGAAGAAGAAGAAGGGGAAGAAGAAGAAGAAGAAGAGAAAGAAGAGGAAGAAGGGGAAGAAGGGGAAGAAGAGGAAGAAGAGUAAGAAGAGGAAGAAGAGGAAGAAGAGGAAGAAGGGGAAGAAGAGGAAGAAGGGGAAGAAGAGGAAGAAGAGGAAGAAGAGGAAGAAGGGGAAGAAGAGGAAGAAGAGAAAGAAGGGGAAGAAGAGGAAGAAGUGA